AUGAAUUUAGCUUCUGGAAAAGCAGUUAAGCCUGGGAAAAACAACGAGGAACCCAGCGAGAACUGUCCACCCCAGUCUGGAACCCAAGAGGAUUUUCCUCCAAAGUCCCUGACAUUUCAGGUCCACAUUGGCCGCCCACAACCAGCCAGUGAGGUGCCUCAGGACAUCAGGAACAGAUCUGUAUCUCCAUGGGAUUACAGCACUCACGAAGAUCCCAACAGGUUUCCCCAUGUGAUUUCGAAAGCCAUCUGCCGCCAUGCCUUCUGUCUGGACAGCAAAGGCAAACCAAACAUAUCCCUGAAUUCUGUUCCUAUUCGGCAGGAGAUCAUGGUUCUUCGACGGAAGCAGGUUGGCUGCCAGCAGACCUUUUGGCUGGAGAAAGAAGUGAUUAAUGUUGGUUGCACCUGCGUCAUGGCGAACACCAGAACCUAUGCUAAUCGAAGUGCCUGA